UCUCACUUCGUCACUGUGUCUACAACCACAGACACACUCAUACAUCCGCACUCACCUGUUCCGCUUCCCCGCUCCCGCUCUUUCGACCUUAUUGCGACCGCUCCCGUUCCGUUUCGUUUUUUUCUGUCGAUUCAGUUUGCCGUUUUAACUCCGCGCGAGAAGCGGAAACUUUUGUCAGUCCGCUGAAGUGCAAAAAAAAAAAGUAAAAUACGUGAACAUUUUGUUUGGCGCCAAUUUCGAAUCGGAAAUCCGCUGGCGGAUUGAAUUGACAUAAAGUUUCCUUUCUUAUUCUUUUAUUAUCCCCUUCCCAUCCCACUCGCCUAACCCCUCCAAAAUUUUUCCCACGUCCCCCGCGCUGCGACUCCCAUGGCAGCUAGCAAAUUCCACUGCGGCAAGCAAACGAUAGCCACACAUUCACAUUUCGAUGCGACAUGUGCGAAAAUCAGCGCCUUUUACUUUGACCUGGACAACACGUUGAUUCCAACGCGGACCGGCGAUUCCAAGGCGAUCAGAAAGCUUGCCGACGUUUUGGAGAGUCAGUACCAGUUCAGCAAAGAUGAUGCCGCUCAGUCUACUCAAAACUUUCUAAAGGCCUUUCGACGUUGCCCGGAUAACUCGCAAACGUCGUUGGACUCGUGGCGCACUCACCUGUGGCGUGAAUCGCUUCCAACGCGCCACAAACAUCUGGCGGAGCAGAUCUAUCCGCAGUGGCUGAAGUUGCGAUAUCGUUAUUUGGCCGUACCAGCUGAUUAUGUGCAACUUCUGCUGCGUAUGCGCCAGGCGGGCUAUGCCUUGGCCCUCAUUACCAACGGGCCAUCGAACGCACAGUGGGAGAAGGUGGCCAAGCUGCAUGUACGAGGCUACUUCGACUGUGUCUUAGUGUCCUCGGACCUCCCGUGGGAAAAGCCACAUCCGGAGAUCUUUUAUGCCGCCUGCAAUUUUCUCAAUGUUAAGCCGCAAGAGUGCGCCAUGAUUGGCGACAAACUGGAAACGGACAUCAUGGGUGGUCACUUGGCCCAAUUGGGUCUCACCUUCUGGACACCAUUAAGCAAUAGCAGCGCGGCAGCGCAAUCGCUGGAGGAUGUGGAGUACAAGCCGCACAUCAAGCUGGGCAAUCUACUGGAGAUGUACAAGUACUUCCCGCGCCUUAACGCCGUCGCACUGCCAGACACACCGUCCACCUCCAGACGUCGUGGCAGCCACAUGAGUCCCAAUGGCCAGAGCAGUUCUAGUAGCGGGAACAGCUCUAGCUCCAGUUGUGAGCCAAGAGGAUCUGACCAUGGGUAUCAUAACCAUCAUCAUCAGCACCAGCAUCAGCAGAGGCAGUGGGCCUAUCGACGUGGAGUUUCACUGCCCGCGAUGGAUUGCUCCAAUAGCGAGGCUGAGAACAGCUGCGACAGCUUUCUAUAAAUAAAGCACCUAUGGAUCAAAAAGGGAUCGAAACGGAUCAAAAAAGGAUUGGGAGAUUGUUGAAAAAAUGUACCUUCAGUUUACAAAACUAUAGCUAAAGAGGAACGUAGAGAGAGAGAGAGUUAUAAUCACAGAUGGACAAAGGACAGCCAGGAGAAUUGGAAACGAAUGCAGGAAUUUAAAGUUCAACUAUUAGCGGGAGGAGCCCGGAACCACACGGUGAAUCUCGAUAUCUGCCAUUAGACUACAAAUUAGGGCUAACAAAAACAGCUAUUGGAGCACACAAACUACAGCAAGCAUACAGUACACAUACUGAAAAAAAAAAAUAACUAAGAAAAUCGAGGACAGGAAGCAAAUCAAAACCAAAUGUAUUUUUCUAAGCGAAUUUUCUGUCACAUAUUUUGUAAAUUGAUAUAACACGCAACUGAAAGUACGUCAAGGUAAAUGCAAAAUGCAUAAAAAUGAAGUGAAGUAAACAAGAUAAAAACCACAACACGAACCUUUUGAAAAAAAUGAACCGAAUCACUAACAAAUCUGUAGUUAUAGCGAUGAAUGUUAACUAUUGUCUUAGUCGUAGCCUUUAGUCUCGAAAUUGUGGGUACCACUCUGUUGGCAAAUUGUUAUUUGCAACCACCUACUCUUCCACAUUUAGCCAUGGCAAACGCCCCCUAUCCCCCUGUCCCGCCCACAAGCCUCAGGUUAUUCCGCACCCAAACACACAUCGUUGAAGAUAUAUACGGCACAUAUGUAUGUGCCAGCAUGCGUAUGUCGAAGCACUGUUGAUCAUGGAUAUGGAAAAUAAAUGAAACUGCAAAAGCCAA